GGAAUAUCUGAAUCACCAAGGAAAGAGAGAUGAGGAGCAAAAUGAAACGGAAACUCUAAUUGAAGAAUAAAGCGAUUCUGUACGCUCAAGAUUUGACUAAAAUUGCUGAUAAUUCGCGGAUGGAACCUCCAAAGCGCACGCGCUCUCGCCGUUCCUCAUCGGCCAAUAGCUCUCCUAGCACCGCUAUCGUCGAGCGCGAGGAUUCGACUGGCAGUUUCCAUUCAACUUGCACGUGGUAGAGUUUCCUCAGCAGAGAGAGCAAUGGCCUCGUUGAUUUCUCCAUUGCACGAUUUGGUGCUAUAAUUCUGAUCACCUGCGUAUUCCGCUUAGCAUCGUUUGCUUACGGGUGACGGUAGAAAUAUUUGUAAGAUUGUGGUAUACUAAUCAUACCAAGUAGAAUUUCAAGAAACAGCAUGACGUCGACGUUGGAGCCGUGCGAGAGCCAAUCCACAUCGGGAUCGUUGUCGAGCACGUUGGAAAUAUUCGAUAAGUUCAAAUCGGUCCAGAGCGAGCGCGAAUCCGACGAGGAAAGCUUCCACAUACCGUUAUUAGGCGGUGAUGACGAAACGGAAAGCAGCAAGGAAAAUGUUAACGAGAGCGAUACUUCGCUGGAUUCCGCCAACGAAGAUGUAUCGAAAGGCAAAGAAAAAACUGUUUGUUAUAGGAACAUUACCAAAGAAAAUGAGAUUGAAAAUGACUUGUUGGUGCAAGAAUUAAACAAAUAUGUGAAUAAUUUUACUGACGAACCGUCUUGUACUGAAAACAGUAAUAGUUUAGAAAAUGCAAAAAUAAACAAUUCUUGUAAAGAAGCGAAAAAUAAUAGCACAUCCUUAGACGAUAAUAAAAAAACCGAACAAAAUUCGGAAGCACUAGACGUCAAAAUUCCUGAUCCUAACGAAAACCCAAAGGAAAGCGAUGUGUCAAACAAAGAUAUUAACAUAACCGAGACUGAAAAAAAAUCAAACAUCACUGAAUCAACGGAAAACCUGACUGUACCACAAGAAAUUUCGGAAGAACCCUCGAACAAAAAGGAAUCCUCUAACAUAGAUCCUCAAGAAGAAUCUAACAACCAACCCAGCAAUAGUGAAGCACAAUCGUAUAAAAAAGACUUAGAUCGCGAAGACUUAUUAGACAUAUCGGUUAUACGAGAUGUGGAAGAAGACGACGCAUGCGCCAUAGCAGCCGAAACUGAAAAAUCAUCUGACACUGACGAUCAAGAAGACAAACAAGAACCGGAAACCGAUGACAUGGAAUUGGAGCCUGAAGAUACUCAAACGUCGAGCGAAAAGGUAGAAUAUGACGAAUUGGGCGAAGAAAAUACAAGUGACAUUGAUCAAAAAGAUAACGAUUGCACUAUAGACGAAUUAGUGGAAUCUAACAGCAAUCAAAGUGUCGUUAGUGAAAAGAUAUCCGAGGCACAAUUAGAAGAAAACGAUGAUUCGAAAAAUGAAGGAGCCGUAAAAUCAAGCACACCUGUUACUGAAUUAAAUGAAAACUCAGUUAAUGCGAAUAAAAGGCCCUUGGAAGAGGAAGGAAAGGACAGCACGGCAAAAAAGGUUCGUUUGGAUGAGACCCAAGCCGAACCAGUUCCACCAAAAACGCUGAUCACAUUCGAGAAAUACAUGAAGAUGAGAAAUUUGGGCGAGAAAAUGGUCAGAUCCGAUGUGGAGCAAUUCGCGUUGCAGAAAAUGUGCGAAGCCUUAUUACACAAAACGCCGAUAGGCGAACUGGAACAAAUAAUAAAAAAGCAAAAGAUGAUCAUCGACAAUUUGAGAAAAGACAAUGUGCAAAUGACGAAGCAAUUUAGAGACUUGGAAAUCGUACAUAAAAAGCUCCUCAACGAAAUACAAAAUACCGCUCCCGGCAGCCAAUCGAAACCCUUAGUACCGUUGAAGAUCACCCGAUCCGUCGGACUUCAAGUAAAAUUAAGUAACAACCCGGAGAUACUUCGUUCGAGGAAAGCUGUUUCCACCACUUCUCCGAGAUCUCAAGGUAUUUCCAACGGACUGAGUAGAACUCGACCAGCAGCUUCCUCUAACGUCGCUCGACAGGCAGGACCAGUUAUUACGAGCAAUUCUCCCCGAAAACAGGCGGCGCCCAUUCUAUCACAAGCUCUCCAGUCCCGCGUUCAACCCUCGCCAACUUUAAAAACUACCGCAACUUCACCGAACAGCAAACGAAACAUCACACCUUUGAGGCCCAAGCAGAAGGAACCCGCCAAACAACAGCUACCUCCGGGCGUCAUCGAUCUCACCGACGAAGACGAUAGAACUGGGAAAACUCUAGGCAGGGCCAGCAUCCAAAUGGUGAAGAACUUCAAUUUGGUUACGAAAAAGAGCCCGUUAAACAAGAACAACGUUCCGCAGAACAACCUUACCAAGCCGACGGGAAUUUCAAAAAUCGGCAUGCAACCCAGGAGCAUGACGACGCUGCCGCAAGGCGUUAGACUGACGGCCGCCCAAAUGAAGGGCGGCAUAACGCUACCCAACGCCGUUGUAACCAACGCACAAGGCACCACGCAACUCAUGUACGUCGUCCAACCGGGUUCUCUAGUCAACACGACCGCUGGCGGUGGUCAGAAGACUGUCCUGCUCAAUUUCCAACCUACAAAUGGAGUUUUAACUUCAACACUAAAUGGUUCAACGGUAUCGGUAAUACCAACAAAAUCCUCGAACGCGAUACAAUUGAAGCCGAUAAGUCACCCGGCGCCGUUGCCGCCGACGCCCAAGCCUUUGAUAGCCAGCAGUUCCUUGAAGAAGCUCCUGCCGAAGCCUCAUUUAAGUAUUAAGAAGACGGAUACGGGCAUAAUACUGCAGUGGCGGAUGCCCUACAACCUGGACGAGUUCGAAAGCAUAGCCAGCUACCAGUUGUUCGCCUAUCAGGAGACGAACGCGCCGCCCAGCACGGAUAUGUGGAGGAAAGUGGGCGACGUGAAGGCUUUGCAAUUGCCCAUGGCCUGCACGCUGACGCAAUUCGCCGAUAAAAAUAAGUAUUAUUUCGCCGUACGUUCCGUCGACAUCCACAAGAGGAUAGGAGCCUUCAGCGAUCCCGAAGAAAUAUCCUUGUAA